GAUCACACGCCUACCCAGAGUUCCAUGCGGCCAGCCUUGUUUAAUAUUGAAUGCACCUCAGGUGUGAGCCGAGAUUGGAUUGUAGUCAGUGAGUCAUCAUUAUUCAAAUACAGUAUGGCGAGUAACACCAGGACAGAGAGUAAGAGAAGACUGCAGCGUCUGAUUGACCAGAAGUAUGUGCUACUGGAUGGCGGCAGUGCCACAGAAAUGGUCCGGCUCGGCUUCAAGAGCAUUGAUGAUGACCCUCUGUGGUCGGCGAGACUGCUGAAGACAAACCCUGAUGCUGUGAAACAAAUGCACAAGAACUUCCUUCAAGCUGGCAGUGAGAUUCUGGACACCACAUCCUACCAGGCUUCUGUCCAGGGCUUCGUUGACCAUCUGGGAGUUGACCACGACACCGCCCUCUCUCUGAUUGGUCAGAGCGUGGACCUAGCACGGGAGGCAUGCAGGGAGACAGGGUGUGAUGCGGUGGUUGCUGGAUGUGUUGGGCCGUACGGUGCAGUGCUGCACGAUGGCUCGGAGUACACGGGGGUCUAUGCGGAGAAGAUGACCAGAGAGGAACUGAAGACAUGGCACCGUCCACGUGUGGAAGCGCUACUGGGUCACGGAGCGGACAUGUUGGCAGUGGACACCAUACCAGUCCAGAAAGAGGCUGAGGCCAUUGUCGACCUGCUGUCCGAGUACCCUGAGGCUAGAGCGUGGGUGUGCUUUUCUUGCAAGGACGGAGGCGCGACAUGCCACGGGGAGAGGUUCUCGGAGGCUGUGCAAAGCGUGGUUCAGUCGGACCAGGUGAUAGGCGUUGGUGUGAACUGUACAGCUCCGGACCUUGUCAGUGACCUGCUGGGGAGUGUCCAGCAUCUCGGACUCCGGAAGCCGGUGGUGGUCAAGCCAAACAGUGGGGAGGAGUGGCUGCCUCAUACGGGAUGGAUUCCAGGAAGUGGGAGCCUGUCUCUGGACGACCAGGUGAAGGCAUGGGUGGAUCAUGGCGCCACGUGGAUCGGUGGAUGUUGUCGAGUGUACCCGGAUGAUAUAGCCAAGAUGAAAAAAGAACUUGACAGAUUGUAAACUACACCAAGCACUCACGAUGUCAGAUCCACGAGGAUCUAAGUGGGGGAGGGCGGUCUCCCCUUUUUGAAAAGUUUGUGAGGAUUUUGAUAUUUUCGGACCCCUCACUUCUAAAAGUGCUGCUUCCGCCCUUGAUGAUAUAUAUUGCAGAUGGGCACAUUCUGUUUUUUCUUUGGUGGCAUUUUUUGUCCAGCGUUUAUUGUGGUAUUGUGGUAUUGAACCAGUCGGAGCUUGUCAGGAACCCAAAGUGAGUACUCAUGUUAGCAAUGGUCAUCACACUAACACUGUCAAUGAUGUUUGUUUGUUUGUUUGUUGUUUAACGCCGCACUCAGCAAUAUUCCAGCUAUAUGACGGCGGUCUGUAAAUAAUCAAGUCUGGACCAGAUGAUCCAGUGAUUGAUAUCAUUAGCAUUGACCUACGCAAUUGGGAUCGAUGACAUGCAUCAACCAAGUCAGCGAACCUGACCACUAUGCCAAUUAACUCAUAUCAUGUACCUGUAGUUGAGCUCACUGAUUGGUCUUGAGUGAGCUCAAACUCAAAUAAGGGGCGGUCGGGUAGCCUAGUGGUUAAAGCGUUAGCUCGUCACGCCGAAGACCCGGGUUCGAUUCCCCGACAUGGGUACAAUGUGUGAAGCUCAUUUCUGGUGUCCCCCGCCGUGAUAUUGCUGGAAUAUUGCUAAAAGCGGCGUAAAACCAUACUCACUCACUCACUCACUCACUCAAACUCAAAUAAUGUAAUCCCCAUUUGCAUAUUUCUUUUCGAAACACAGUUGCACUUUUGCACUAGCCCAGUGUUUUAAUCCCUAAGAACAACAUCACAUUGUCUGCAGGCAACAUCAAAGCAAUUUAUACUGUAAUCACAAAGGUCGAUCUUCCGGUAAGGCACUGGUCAUCUAACGUACAUACUCUGUAUUCCGGAAACCCCAUAUUCUGGGCAUGUCUAAUAGCGUAUGUAUGUGUAUGUAGACUCCCGCUGUUACUGAUGACCUUUGUUAAUGCCGACGAUAACAUUCUUCGUAACAAUGAUUGGUUAAUACGGACGAUAACAAUGAUUGGUUAAUACGGACGAUAACAUUACUCCGUAACAAUGAUUGAUUAAUACGGACGAUAACAUCACUCCGCAACAAUGAUUGGUUAAUACGGACGAUAACAUCACUCUGUAACAAUGAUUGGUUAAUACGGACGAUAACAUCACUCCGCAACAAUGAUUGGUUAAUACAGACGAUAACAUUACUCCGAAACAAUGAUCGGUCAAUACGGACGAUAACAUUACUCUGUAACAAUGAUUGAUUAAUACGACGAUAACAUCACUCCGUAACAAUGAUUGGUUAAUACUGACGUUAACAUUACUCUGUAACAAUGAUUGAUUAAUACGGACGAUAACAUCACUCCGCAACAAUGAUUGGUUAAUACAGACGAUAACAUUACUCUGUAACAAUGAUUGAUUAAUACGACGAUAACAUCACUCCGUAACAAUGAUUGGUUAAUACUGACGUUAACAUUACUCUGUAACAAUGAUUGGUUAAUACAGACGAUACCAUCACUCCGCAACAAUGAUUGGUUAAUACAGACGAUAACAUUACUCCGUAACAAUGAUUGGUUAAUACAGACGAUAACAUUACUCCGUAACAAUGAUUGAUUAAUACAGACGAUAACAUUACUCCGUAACAAUGAUUGGUUAAUACGGACGAUAACAUUACUCUGUAACAAUGAUUGGUUAAUACAGACGAUAACAUCACUCCGUAACAAUGAUUGGUUAAUACAGACGAUAACAUUACUCUGUAACAAUGAUUGGUAAAUACAGACGAUAACAUCACUCCGUAACAAUGAUUGGUUAAUACCGUCGAUAACAUUACUCUGUA